AUGGCGUACCCUCUCCAAAUAGGCCUCCAAGACGCAACUUCCCCCAUUAUAGAAGAACUCCUACACUUCCAUGAUCACACACUGAUGAUUGUAUUUUUAAUUAGCUCUCUAGUCCUCUACAUCAUUUCACUAAUACUAACCACUAAACUCACGCAUACUAGCACCAUAGACGCUCAGGCAGUCGAAACAAUCUGAACCAUCUUGCCCGCUAUUAUUUUGAUCCUAAUUGCCCUACCUUCACUACGAAUCCUUUAUAUAAUAGACGAAAUCAACAACCCCUCCUUGACCGUAAAAACCAUAGGGCAUCAAUGGUACUGAAGCUAUGAGUACACGGACUACGAAGACCUGAGUUUCGACUCCUAUAUAAUCCCAACCCAAGAAUUAAAACCCGGAGAACUACGACUACUAGAAGUAGACAACCGAGUGGUGCUCCCAAUAGAAAUAACGAUUCGCAUGCUAAUUUCAUCUGAAGACGUGUUACAUUCGUGAGCUGUACCAUCCCUAGGAUUAAAAACUGACGCCAUCCCAGGACGCCUAAACCAAACUACUUUAAUGGCUAUGCGGCCGGGACUAUAUUACGGCCAAUGCUCAGAAAUCUGCGGCUCCAAUCACAGCUUUAUACCCAUUGUUCUCGAACUAGUGCCCCUAUCAUACUUCGAAAAAUGAUCCGCCUCAAUGCUAUAA